AUGCUAGCGUGGUCCAUCGAGCUAUCCCAGUUCCAGAUUAAGUUCGAACCCCGGAACGCAAUCAAAGCACAAGCCAUGGCCAAUUUCAUCGCCGAGAUGACUCCGGGGAAGCUCACCCCCGAAUCGUGGAAACUGCACGUCGACGGCUUGUCAAACUUCACCUACGGAGGUGCCGGAGUCAUACUCGAAAACCAAAACGGGAUCACAAUCGAACAGUCAGUACAAUACGAAUUUCCAGUAUCGAACAACCAAGCAGAAUAUGAGGCCCUCUUGGCAGGCCUAACCCUAGCCCGGGAAGUCGGAGCAAAGGUCCUAGAGGUAAACACCGAUUCGCAGGUAGUCAGUUCCCAAGUUAACGGAGACUACCAGGCACGAGAUCCCCUACUCCAACAAUACCUCACCAAGGUAAACAAAUUGAAAGAAGGGUUCGAGCACAGUACCAUACAACAUGUUCCCAGGGAACAAAACGCCAGGGGAGACCUACUUUCCAAACUAGCCAGUACCAAACCAGGACACGGUAACAAAUCGCUAAUUCAGGAAGUCGUUAGGUCGCCCUCCGUGUCAACAACAACCAAUGCUCAUCUGACAUCCUUGAACCAGGAAUCUUGGACCCACCCUAUCCUACAAUACCUCCUCGAUGGAACUUUGCCGCCGGACCCGAAAGAGGGAAAGCGAAUAAAAAGGGAAGCCGCCAACUAUACCAUUGUCACAGGACAACUAUACAAACGCGGAUUCUCGCAACCCCUGCUCAAAUGCGUCGAACCCAGGGACACGGAGUACAUACUCCGUGAAAUCCACGAAGGUUGCUGCGGUCACCACGUCGGAGGUAAAACAUUAGCCCAAAAAGUCAUCAGGGCAGGCUACUUCUGGCUUACAAUUAUUCGAGACUCCAUACAAUUAGUAAAAAACUGCGACAAAUGCCAAAGGCACGCUAAUAUCCACCAAGUCGCCCCACACCAACUCAGCACCAUAUCGGCAGAGUGGCCAUUCGGCACUUGGGGGAUCGACCUCGUCGGGCCUCUCCCUACGGCACCCGGCCAACUCAGGUAUCUCAUCGUCGCCAUAAAUUACUACACCAAAUGGAUCGAAGCCGAACCCUUGGCCUCCAUAACGGCAACCCAGUGCCGAAAAUUCCUCUGGCGACAGAUCAUCACCCGGUUCGGGAUCCCCGAGAUCGUUAUCUCAGAAUACAGAACCCAGUUUGCUGACAAAAUGUUCAGAGAAUUUUUAGAAGGGCUACACAUAUCCCAUCGCUUCAGCUCAGUGAAACACCCCUAA